AUGGGAGGGCUGCUGAGUGAUGGUAAGGAAGCUCAAGUCGAGUGGUGUGAGCCCAUAAAGUGUGGGUCGAGUGGUGUGAGAUCCUAUAUUGAGGGCACUGUUACUGACUUAAUUCAUAGUAGAUUGUAUCUUAUCUGCUGGAGGUACUUACUUAUGGUUGUUCUUACAGGGUCUACUACAAUGUAUGAGCAGGUCCUGGAUUGUAUGGGUUGGCAGCGGUGUCCAGAUUUUGGGGACUGCAGACCUGUUGUUUCAAAAGAUCUUGGCUUUUCAGAUUUUGGGUUCGCUACAAUGAUUAAGUUCUGUUGGAGUUGCUGGUUUGUUGACAAUCAGACGUGUGGCAGAUUGCGUGGCAGAUGGCGGUAUAGAUGCGAUGGUUGUUCUUUUUGCCUACCUGUGCGGGAUGUGCCAGGUUAUCAGUACAGUGUUGCUUUUGGUUGUGUCGUCUGUAUGGACUAUUUUCACUUCAGUUUUGGGUUCUCGGUUGGAUGUGUUCAUGGGCCUCAUUCGCCUGUGACUGACCAAGAGAUCAAGGAUACUUUUUGGUCUCUUAAGACCAAUAAGGCUCCCGGUCCUGAUGGUUUCUCUGCGGGUUUUUUUAAGUCAUCGUGGGCUAUUGUUGGAAGAGAUGUUAUCCAAGCCAUUAGAACGUUCUUUAAGUCAGGCAAGCUUCUGUCUGAAGUUAAUAGCACAAUCAUUGCUCUCAUUCCCAAAGUCCCCAACCCUGCGAAAGUGGGUGACUUCAGGCCUAUUUCUUGUUGCAACACCAUCUAUAAGUGCAUUGCCAAGAUCAUAGCUAACAGGAUUAAAUCUGUUCUUCCUGAUCUUAUUGACCCUGUUCAAUCCGCUUUUGUUCAGGGUCGGAGAAUUUCUGAUAAUAUCUUCCUAUCUCAAGAGCUUAUGAGGGGGUACCAUAGGCAUUCCCCUACUCCGAAGUGUGCUAUGAAGGUGGAUAUCAUGAAAGCUUAUGAUAGCGUGAGAUGGGAUUUUAUACUUGAUAUUCUCAAGGCUAUGGCCUUUCCUCCUGUCAUGAUCUCUUGGAUCAAGGCCUGCAUCACUAGCCCUUCCUUUUCAAUUUGUAUCAAUGGUAGCCUUCAUGGCUAUUUUAAAGGAGCUAGAGGUCUUAGACAAGGUGACCCGAUGUCCCCUUACUUAUUUGUUUUGGCCAUGGAAAUCCUGGCCAAAAUCUUGGCGGAGAAAGCUAAGCACCCUCUUUUUAAGUUUCAUUGGAAGUGCGACAAGACUAAAAUUAUCAAUCUUUGCUUCGCGGAUGAUCUUAUGAUCUUUAGUAGGGGUGAUGCCUCUACUGUUAAGCUCAUUAUGGAAGGCCUUAAGGAGUUUUCAUCCUUGUCUGGCCUAAUUCCUAAUCCCAGCAAAAGUAACAUCUACUUUUCUGGUUGUGAUAUGGAGUUGAGAGCUUCUAUUCUUGAGAUUGCUAAGUUUAAUGAAGGGACUCUUCCUGUUAGGUACCUUGGUGUCCCCUUAAUUACCACGAAGUUGAGGGCUGCUGAUUGUGGUCCUCUCAUUGAUAGGAUCACCAAAAGAGUGAAGAGUUGGACCAAUAGAGCUUUAUCUUACGCUGGUAGAAGCCAGCUCAUUCAAUCCAUUCUCUUUUCUAUGCAAGUGUACUGGUCCUCCCUUUUCAUUCUUCCCAAGAAGGUCAUUAGGGAGAUUGAUAGUAUUCUUAAAGCCUUCCUUUGGUCUGGUACUGAUCUUAAAACUCAUAGUGCCAAAAUUGCCUGGGAUUCUGUUUGUGCUCCUAAAAAUGAGGGAGGUUUGGGCUUUAAAUCUUUAGAUAUUUGGAAUAGAGCGGCCAUAGCUAAACACAUUUGGUUUUUGUUUUCUGGGGGUGAGGGAUCGAUGUGGUGUCAGUGGGUCAAAUCUUACUUAUUAAAGGGGAAGAGUUUCUGGAUAGUUAAGGUUCCUAAUGAUCCUUCUUGGGUGUGGAGAAAAUUAUUGUCUCUUAGGAAGUGGGUUUCCCCACUGAUUCAGCAUAAGAUUGGGUGUGGGGACACCACCUUCCUUUGGUUUGAUAAUUGGCAUCCUAUUGGUCCUCUUUGGCACAAAUUCGGGGAUAGAAUUAUUUAUGACUCUGCCCUUAAUAGUGAUACAAAAGAGCUAAUCUCCUCUACUCCUGUGUGUUUUCUUCCUAAUCCUUCCAGCACUGAUCAAGCUCUUUGGAAUCUUACCACUGAUGGUAAGUUUUCCAUUCAAUCAGCCUGGAAUCAUUGGAGAAAGAAAUUCGAUAAAGUUGUUUGGCAUAAGCUUGUGUGGGGCCCUCACAGAAUCCCUAAAGUUAGCUUCAUUGUUUGGGUGGCUCUCCACAAUAGACUUUACACUGGUGAUAGACUCCGUAUGUUUGGCCUGUCCACUAGCUCUCAAUGCCCCAUUUGCCUCCACCUGGAGGAAAACCACUCUCAUCUAUUCUUUGAAUGCAUCUUCUCUAGUAGAGUCUGGAGUACCAUUGAAGUCGCUUGUAACAUUAAGUGGCCUGUCCUUGGCUGGCCUGAGAGUGUUACUUUUGCUUCUAAGGAGACUAAAGGUAACUCUUUGAGGGUGAAUAUCAUUAGUAAUGCAUUCUUGUGUUCUGUUUACAUGAUCUGGCUUGAGAGAAAUAACAGAAUUUUUAACAAAGAGCUAAAACCUGAAGAGGUGGUCAUUAAAUCUGUUAUCCAAAUGGUUAGAAAUAGAAUGCUGUCAAUUAAGAAUAUUCCUAGAUCCAAUGGUGACAAAUGGUUUCUUGAUAAAUGGAGUUUGCCGGAGAAUAUUCUGAAGCCCCAUAGCAUCAGAAAUGGGAGGGCUGCUGAGUAUAUUCGGGUGUCCCAAGUGGAUCUAUCUAUCCUUGAGGGUCGAGUGAUGAAAGUUACUUUAUAUAUUCUCCAAUUAUCUGUGGGUCGAGUGAUGUUAAGGAAGCUAAUUUCGAGUGGUGGUCUAUUACAAUGUUUGAGCAAUAUGGUGGCUGCCGGGAUAGGGAUACGUGCUAUGCGUCUGACGAAUGUGACUGUUAUGAAAUUCCUAUGCUGGGCAGAUCGGGCUGCUGUGGGUCCACUAUAA